AAUCGGCGGAGGGAUCCUUGUUUGUCAGAACCAUGAUGAGAACGCAGAGAGGCAGUGAACAGGGGAGAUCUACCUUUUUAGCUCAGCCUAAUUGAGAUAGGUUUAGGUUCAACUGUAAAGACGCGUUGAUGUGAACAGCUCCGAAAGCCAAUGUUAACUUUCGGAUAGUACCGUUUGCUAGACAGUCUAGCGUUUCGUGGGCUGGCUUUUAGCUUAGUUAACUGGCGUUCUUCGGUGGAAAUAGCAAAAAUGUCGUCUCCAAGUCCGGGUAAAAGGCGAAUGGAUACCGACGUGGUGAAACUUAUUGAGAGCAAGCAUGAAGUCACCAUCCUCAGUGGCCUCAAUGAAUUUGUAGUGAAGUUUUUUGGACCACAAGGAACGCCAUACGAGGGAGGAGUGUGGAAAGUACGAGUAGAUCUUCCUGAUAAAUACCCAUUCAAAUCACCUUCAAUAGGAUUCAUGAACAAGAUUUUUCAUCCCAACAUUGAUGAAGCAUCUGACCAACAUCUUUGAGUCGUUCCUGCCCCAGUUGCUCGCUUACCCAAACCCCAUCGACCCCCUGAACGGCGACGCAGCAGCCAUGUACCUCCAUCGGCCUGAGGAGUACAAGCAGAAAAUCAAAGAAUACAUCCAGAAAUAUGCAACAGAGGAAGCUCUGAAGGAGCAGGAAGAGGGAGCCGGCGAUUCUUCAUCUGAAAGCUCCAUGUCUGACUUCUCAGAAGAUGAGGCCCAGGACAUGGAGUUGUAGUAAUGGGAGAGCUCCCCCCCUACCCCUCAUCCUACGCCCUCCUAUAACCCCUACAGAGACUAUAUUUGAUUUCCUAACCAUGAGAAAGCAGACUUAUGAAAUUCAUAUUUAAACAAGUUGAUUUUUUUAUUAUUAUCGUUACUACUAAACAAGGAUUUUUAUGGA